GCCGUAUUUGUCCCCAAAUAAAGAAGAGAACAACAUUUACGAGUUUGCGAUCCGCCGGAGCAGCGCGCUUUGGGGCAAAACCAGACCAGAGCCUGAGUGACAGCCCCUCGCACUGGGCACUAAAAAACAUUAAUAAUAGAGGCUAGAUCUCGUGUCCCGGCUUAAUUGAAAUUUAUUUGUUGUGAUGCCGCUGCCACUGGGGGUUCCAUAGUCGCAUAGUCAGGGUUCCAGUCUCCACCAUCUUCCUCCUCCACAUACUCUGUUCAAAUCUUAAUUAACCGGAGGCAGAGGCAUUGAGCAUGCUAAUAUUAAUUGGAGGCAAUCAAUGUGCCUGAGACCUCGUAUCGAACGGAACGGAAGCAAGAUCCCCGCGGAAGAAUCACCCACAUCGGAAUUCCACAUUCAGGCCAUUUUCAUAUUCAUAUUCCAUGGAGGAGGAACGCAACGAGAAGAAGGUGCUCUGCGAGAAGAUCAUAAGGGACAUCAAUGCGGUGUUCCUUAAGGAUCAGGAUCUCGCCUCGUUCGAGAUCAUACCCAAGGAAACCAACUGCAACAAAUCGCCGGUGGUGCAUGUUGAGCACAAUCUUGGCCUGGAAUCGUGGUGUGCCCAGCAUGUCUACGAUCAUGCCCACCGCACCCUAAUAUCUCACCGUCGCCAGACGUCGGCUCAACAGCUCCGGACGCUCCAGCAACAGCAGCAGAGUGAUGCCCUGGCCAAAUACCUGAACGUGGCCCUCCUGAUCAAUCCGGAUGUGACCACCUUCUGGCACAUUCGCCGCCAGUUGGUGCAAAAGAACCGGCUGAGCAUCAACAAGGAGCUGCAAUUCUCCGCCCUCGUGCUCUCUAUCAAACCAAAGUCGAAUGAGGCGUUCGCCUACCGUCGGUGGCUGUACUCCUUUCAAAGCGCUGAUGCCAUUGACUGGCCCAAUGAGAUUGGGAUCUGCGAAAGGGCCGCUGAUAGGUGCGCCAGUAACUACCACGCCUGGUCGCACCGUCAGUGGAUUUUACAGAGCGGCCCCUGCCUACUCCAAUCGGAGCUCUUGCGCACGGAGAAAUUCAUGCGCAAGCACAUCAGUGAUUACAGCUGCUACCAUUACCGCCAGGUGCUACUGGGUCGCGCCUAUGAGCUCAACUUUGCCCUGCCCAACGAUUCCGGAGCCAGUGGCUCAUAUCCGUUGGCCAGUCUGCAACAAUUGAUGGCCCACUAUGGUCUGGAAUGCGAACCCAAGGCCGAGGCUCUGUUGGAGCUGCUGCUGCCCCAUGCGGACCUUAGUUCGAUGAGCAGCCAAAAGCUGAGAUCAUUCCUCUAUUGCUGCAAUGUGGCCGCCAACGAUAUGCGGCUGUGUGCGGAGCAGCGGUUGAUGUACGGACCGCGGGACUGCUUUGAGCUGCAUCGCCGUGCGGCCCUCAAAUUCAUCGUGGAGCAAUGCGUUCGCUUACAGGUUGGCUUGGCCACGGGUCAACCAUCUUCCUCGGUGGCCGAUGAUCUGCGUUCGCAUUUGGGUAACUUUGACUUCGAAAAGCAUCCGUUUUUGAGUACCGUGCGACGUGAUGAAUCCGCUCUAGGCGGAAAGCACCGUAGGUGGUGCAAUCUCCACCUAAGCUUUGGCUAUCCGGCGGACUAAACAGCGGGACCUGAAAACCUUGAGAAAAAGCUCAAAUCAAUCUACCCCAAUAGGAUUACUUACUCUUAACUUCUUCCGUUUCUUUCCGUUUUAAAAUGCGACAAGUGCGUUUUGCAACUUUAGAUUUCAUAAAACCGAAAUAAUCUUAUCUGUAAAAGAAAAUAUUGCCUUGAAAUGGAGGAGUUGUUGCAAGCAGUAUUUGUUAUUUAAAAAUGCUUAUUUUAUUUAAACACUUCAAAGAGUAAUAGCUAUUUACCGCAAUGGUAAGAGAAGACAUUUUUUAAACGGAUUUGGAAACGGAAGAGGUUUUCUAUCUAUAUACUCUAUAUGUGCGCCCCCAAAGACAAGUUCAACUAGCCCGAUAUGACGACGGAUCCCUACGGGUCCACCAAUUGCAUUUCGAUAACUGUUAGCGUUAACUGUUUGAUUCUGUUCUCGAUCUGAUCUGGCCAGAUUUGUUAGCCUUAUGUUCAGAAGUACGAUGUAACCAAUUACCGCCAUGCCAUGCACGUGUUUGUUGUUAGCCAAUUUGCAGUUAGUUUUUAAAUAAAUUCAACCAAUAGAUGA